AGGAUAGUGAGGAGUCCAGUGUAAAAAAGACAUUGCUGUGCAGCUUAUACUUGUAGCUAUAAUAUAAUAAUAUUGAUUGUGUUUUCCGUUCGCUGCAGAAGCUUUUUUUUUUGGAGCGUCAUUUUCUUAUGAAUUACGCACAGAGCAGGAGGCGUCUCUUUACAUUUAGUUGUCUUAUCUGUGUUAAGAGGACGAUGCCUUUGAGGACCGGACUUUUUCUCCUGAUGGUGCUGAACGCAUCUGCAUAUGAACUGGAUCAAAACGAGUCUUAUUCGCCCAGGAGAACACGCUUUUCUGCCAAUAGCCCUUCAGAUGUGGCACGCUGUCUCAACAGUGCCCUCCAAGUUGGCUGCGGAGCCUUCGCCUGCCUGGAAAACUCGACUUGUGACACAGAUGGCAUGCAUGACAUCUGCAAGUCCUUCCUAUACAGUGCUGCUAAAUUUGACACUCAGGGUAAAGCGUUUGUGAAGGAGAGCCUUAAGUGCAUUGCCAAUGGCAUCACCUCGAAGGCAUUCCCCACCAUCCGCCGCUGCUCCACCUUCCAAAGAAUGAUAUCCGAAGUCCAAGAGGAGUGUUACAGUAAGCUGGAUAUCUGCACUGUGGCCCGAUCGAAUCCAGAUGCUAUUGGCGAAGUGGCACAGCUACCAAGUCACUUCCCCAAUAGGUUUUACGGUAAGCUGCUGCAGAGCCUGAUGGACUGUGAUGAGGACACGGUGGACCGCGUUAGGACCAGCAUGGUGUCGCGGCUGGGCCCAGAGAUGACCAUGCUUAUUCAGCUGCUGCAGAACAAGCCCUGCCCAUCCACUGCUGUGGCUGCAGCUGCCGCCAUCCCAACUGGAGUGGAGGGCCGUGGGAGCUGGCGCUGGUCCAUGGGUCCCCAUAUGUACAAGAUCCAGCCUAAUCUGCGAAACAGAGACUCUGCCAGUCAUUUUGGCAAAAAACGCUCCGCCGGCGACAGCUCGUAACUUCCACUCCGAUUCAGAAAACUCCACACACUCCUCAAAAACAACAUCAUGAAAACUCCUCUAUUCCCUAGGGGUGAUAGAAAUCCAUUCCUCCGCUAGACUGGAAGUUACAGAAACAUGCACCUCUAGGGAAUGUCGGGAACGCCCAUAAGAGUUGAUAUCAGAGUUUGGUUGUUGUUAUAUUGUAUAUCCUACACUUUAGGCUUGAGAGAACCCCCCUUUCCAUCGAGUCCGCUCACAGUUAGUGUUGAACAUGUGGCUGUUGCAUCUGUGCGACAUGGUCCUGUUCACUCCUCUUCACCUCCUCCAACAACCUUAAGAAGUCUUUUGAUGCCAAGCAAAAAAAAAAAAAAAAGAACAGCCAUAGUGGUUCACGGUCUCUAGAGCACAAGUCCGUACUUUAAAAGACAAAAAUCUCAUAAAGCCUGUUCAUGAAUAGAAAUCAGUAGUUGGAUUAUUAUUAGUUCAUUGAUAGGAAUUAUUGGUAGAUGUAAUAUUUCAGCGAUGAGACCAGACAAAUUGUGAGCAUGAGAUGAGUUUCAUAUCUAUUUUCUGACUAACAUAACAGUUAAAUGUACUGUAUACCAAGUUAUCUAAGACAGCCAUAGGUAGCCCUCUAAAAGAGAGCGCUCAUACGGAGUGAGGUCUGUCGAGGUUUCAUGAUAACCUUUGAGAGGUUACCUUAAACUGACCAAAAAAACUUCAAACUGCCCUGAAUGCUAUUCAUGAAAUACCAAAAUAGUGUAUAGCUAAUAGCACUUAUAAUAGUUUUUUUUUUAUGGCAGAUGUAGCCAUGGUCAUGUGUUUCAAAUCAUCACCCUGCACAUAAGGAUUGUCCAGGUCGUGGCCAAGUCUAACUAUCAGAGAAAGCCCAUUUUGCAUAUCUUGUAUCCAGACACUUGUAAUGCAUAUGACUGUUGAGCUCUUCGGUAUAUGUGGGACCACGUUUAGAGGGAUCUGUAUCCAUAUUCUUAACUGAAGCGGUAGUGUAUGUGCAGUAAGCUGAUUAGCACGUUCACCGAUGAGACUGAGAGCAGUCAUCUUCUUGGACUGAUGCGUCUCUGAGGUGAAUAACGUGACAUACACACUGGCUUCCAGUGUCGAGAUUGAGAGUGAGAGUGACUAUUUAAAAAAAAAAAAAAAAGCCUUGUUGGAAUGAUAUUUAUUUUCCUACUAUAUUAUUUAAUUGCAUUAUUGUAGUUUUUAAUUAGUUUACAGAUUUAAAAAAAAAAAAAAAAAAAGCAGUUCAGUCAUGGCUCCUAUUUGAACAUGAGCUCUAUGCCAAAAAAAAAGAGAAAAAAAGAAAGUGAGCUGACUGGUGACUGAAUGGGACCCAUGUCAUGACUCUGUGCUGGCCAUAGGGGAACAAGGUUGGUCAUUCAAGUCAGGUGAUCCACUUUAUGGGUGUUACAAGGGACCACAACAAAACGAUAGCUUCAUUUUGACACACGUUCUGGUUGAGAAGAUGGUCGUCAUUACAGCUGCUAGAUGUGCUUGUUCAGUGCCGGGGUGGGAGGGUGGGUGAGGGGGUUGUGCACAUUAUUGAAGUCCAACCAGGUAUAAUCACAGUAAAAACACCAGCAUCAAGUUUUUGGAUUGUUCUGCACUAGUUUGCUUCUCUUCACAUGGGCUGAAAUCAGUUUUCCUUAAGAUGGCUACAUAGAUAAAUCCUAAUGGUAGCGAGUGAGUAUCGUCAUCUUACGCAUUUCUUUCCUGUUAUUUAUUUUUUAUUUUUUUUAAUGUGCCAGUUCUGAUAUUAUACAGUAGAGAAAGAGACAGGAAAGAUGCAAGAGAAAUGAUGACAUGCAUCAUGGGAGUACAUACUGUAGUAUCUGUAUCUGCUUUAGCCCUUGGUCGCAAAGUCUUUUUUUUAAAGCCCCUGAAAAUUUGGUUUCAAAUCUUUCAAAUGAAGAUUUGUUUCAUAACUUUUGAUAUUAAUAGCUGAAUAAACAAUAAUCAAAGCUAGCAUUCAAUAAAAAACUAUCCUUAGUUAUUAUUUUAUCACCCAAAACUUAAAUAAUCAGCUUAAUAAAGACUGUGUGGUUUGAGAAGAUUUAAUUAACAGUGAAACCAAACAGCACAGAUAGAAAUCUCUCAUUUGAAAUAACAAAACUGUUUAAACUCUGGUGUGUCCAUGUCGGACCACAUCACUCAUAGACCAAACACUACAUCUCUAUGUUACAUAAUGACAAAGAAAAAUGAGGGGAACAUUCAUAUAUUUACUUAAAGGUGCAAUGUGAAACAUCUGGCCACAUGUGCCAAACCAAUAGGGGGCAGCAUUUCAUCACUACUACUGGGUCCAAUCUAAAUUCAAAGUCAUUUGUUAUUCUAAAAACUAAUAACUAACAGCAGGGUAAGAAUACACAUAAUUCAACCAAACUGCUGAAACUCUGAGAGCUGGUCAAAUUAACGCUGCUAUCUUCUUAUGGUUAUAAUCUUCACAUGUGCCGUUGGCUUUGACUUUGUCACUAAAUGGGGGCUCUACACUCUGUGUACGCUUGGUGUAUCUGCACCAUUAGACGCAGCCCGCUGUGAUGCUAACUGAAGGUCCGUUUCUCCCGGCUCAUUUCAGUAGAUAUCUCUGCAACACAACAUAGACGUCUUUGACAUAAUGUCAACACUGUAACCUCUUCACAUUCUGUUGAUAAUAUUGGUUUACUUUUUGAUUGUUUUAAACUAAAAAGGCCAGAUCUCACACGUUGCACCUUUAAAGUCUAUAGAACCCAGUAUAUUAGGUUUAUAUAAGAAGUUCAGUACAUUCGGAUUACUUUCGCUAAAGCAUGUUUUGCAAAGACUGCACUGGGAUUUAUCUGCAUUCAGUCAGAGUGAGAAAGUCCCCAAUGUGUGUAAAGAUAUUUACAGGCUGCUGUUACUAACUUAGUUCACACAUGCUUGGUGUAACAUGUUGAUGGUACAUUGUUUGAGUUCAGUUAGUAUGAGGUAAGAAGCUCAUGUUAGUUUGUGUAUAUUAAGGGACCUUGUAACUGUACCUCAAUGUAACAAAUGUCUCGGUAGACUUCAGCCAAUAAGCAAUUGUCUUUCCUGAAACAACAUAUGAAGCCUGAACAUUUUUGCAGAUGCGACUGCACGUUUCAUGGCCUUCAGAGAUCGAGACAAUCAUUCAGAAUCAGCAGAUUAGUGCAGAGCCACAGUCACUUUAUGCUGGUGUUUGUUAUAGGCCUGGUAGAUAGAUUAUGGAGGUAAUUAAUGGCUUAAGUUAGUUUCUGUUUGACGGUAAAUUGCAAAUGUUCGUGCACAUUGAAAAUGUAAUAUAGAGAUUAACUUGGAACCAGGGCUGGGUUCAGUUCGCUGUUAAGCAGUUUGAGUCAGAAAACAACGCUUUCUUGCAAAUUCAAAUCUUGCAAAUUAGUCGUCUUGAAAGUACUUUUAUGACAAAAAUUACAGAAUAUAGAUUUGACUUUGUGAAAGGAAUUGAACCCAGCCCUGUUUGAGGAAUAAAAAGGUGAAUUUAUAUAUUGUCCUGGAUUGAUAAGAGUGAAGCACAGACCAGAAAAAGAGAUGUCAGUGUCAAUUUAAUAGCUACGUUAAGAAUUCCAAACUAUGCAAUAAUCUCACAUACAAAAGAUUCACAGCAACACAGAAAUUGACCUUUAUUUCAUUCAGUGCCAGCUGACGCUGUGUGAAUAAAGCAGCAGCGUGUAUGCUCUCACGCUGCACUCACAGUGUGAAGGCAUCGCUCCUCUAUAUUGCUUUCUGUUUCUGUGUUUUUUUGUAAACUGGUGUUUCUUUUUUGUUCUGUAAAUAUGUGCAUUUCUUUUUGUGUCAUUUGGUGCGAAAGGACAGCAGUUCUGAAGGAAUCACUUGGGAAGUUAAGAGCUAUAGUCACACUGUAGUAUAUCCUAGCUUACUUAUUUUAUGUUAAAUAUGCACUUUGCAUCUUAACCACUAUAAAGGGCAUUGAAACAUUCAGCACAUGUGCAAUCGAGACAUGUUUUAUUUACCCGGUGAAUGGAAAUCGGUUUGAAUAUUUCGCAUCCUGAAGGGUCAGGGCUUCUUCAUGUACUAUUGAUACAUAUGUCUGUAUCUUUGUUGUCCAUGGGUAAAUCCAAAACCCAACAGCUGCUGCUAAACUGUUACUUCCCUGCGUGAUGGUGUCCAGAUGCCCCUCUACUGUGGCCGCUCUGGUCUGCCAACACGCAGCGAGCUCAGCAUCAGUCCACAUUUACAUUUGAUUGUCUAUCCGUGUCUUCAUAUUUAUUUUCUAUGAACAUUCCCCGUGUCAAGUAUAUUUGGCACGGGCAAAUUGACUGUUUCCUCACCAAGUCAAAUGUAAUGGUAAUUUCAGAGAAUGUACCUGUAUACUGAAUGUCUGUUUCGACGAGGACAUGCCCGAGUUAGCUGACCCAUGAAGGCUGUUAUAGGAAAAACAAAAGUGAGAAAAGUAUAUGAGACUUGCGGUUGCUUUCUGUUUUAGAUUGUAAUACAAGUUUCGGGUGCUUAAGGUGGUACUGGAGCAUUAUUAAAUUGACCCAUGGUGACUUUUGUGAAAACUGUUUCCUCCUGUCAACACUAGAGACUAAAGACUCCCUCACUUCUGGCACUUCAUGGUACUCUUUCCUCUCAAGACUUGAAAUAGAUAAAUGUUGUGCUUAAACUAAAUCGAAAAAGCUUCAGUGACUAGUAAAGUUUAUUUUGUAUUCAUAUAUAUAUAUAUAUAGAUAUAUAAGUGACAGUUAUUUUACUAUCAGAUUCAAAAAGUUACCGAGGAUUUUAAGGAGGUUACUGAAGUUCCUGAUACAGAUGCUAUGUAACGCAUGAUUGACCCUUGUGAAUCACUUGCACUUUAAAAUAUACCCAUAUACAUAUACUGUAUACCCAUACUGUGUAUAUGUUUGGGUUUCUCCUCUGUACUGAAAAGUCAUGAAAGAUACAAAUGCAUCAAUUGUGUGUCUUUUGCUGAUCAGAAAUAAAAUAUUUAUCAUAUCUGGCAUAUGGUAUGAACUAUG